AUGGCGUUUGACGGCGGCACGUCCGCUGCGCCUGCGCCGCUUGUCGCGCCGCGCGAGUCGGACGAUCUGGCGUCGUUGACGGAUCAGACGAGCGGCGCACUUACCGACGCGCUCGCGGACCGAUAUGACGAACGCUCCGUGUAUACACACUGUGGUCUCCUCACGCUCGCGGUCAACCCGUAUGCCGAGGUUCCCAACCUCUACGGGCCAAAGACCCAGCACACGUUCUACGGUGUGCCGAAGCACUCGCAGCGACCACACGUCUACGCCGUUGCCGAGAAUGCGUACCAGACCCUCUUCUCGGGCGACCGCGCCAACCAGACUAUUGUUAUCACGGGCGAGAGUGGUUCAGGCAAGACUGUCUCGUGUGGCCACAUUAUUGAGUAUCUCGCCGGCCGCGGUCUCGGCGUCGGCACGCUCGGUGACAAGCUUGCACAUGCUGGUACCGUGCUGGAGGCGUUUGGUAACGCACCGACAGUGCAUAAUGCCAACUCUAGUCGAUACGCCAAGGUCGUCAACAUCCACUUCCGACCCACUGCCGAACUGGCCGGCGCGUCCAUCUCUACCUUUCUCCUCGAACGCGGCCGUGUGACCGACUCGCGACCCUUCCACAUCAUCACACUGUUACGCGAACGCGAGACGACGGGAACAACACCCCCAGCACUCGCCAAGGUCGAGACGGCGCUGAAUGCGCUCGGCAUCGAGGGCCAAGAUGGCAUGUGGUCUGUCCUGCGGGGCAUCGACUACCUCAUCGCUGGCGACAUGAAGGCUGCAGCAGCAGCCCUUGGCCUCGACCCAGCACUCCUCGACAACACGCUCAGUAUCCGUACCGUCAAGGCCGGCAUGGACAGCUUCAACUGGCGACGCCAGGGUGACGAGCUCCGCGCAGCACAGUACGGUCUCGUGCGGUCUCUUUACUCGUGGCUCUUUGACUGGCUCGUCAUCAAGAUCAACGCAGCCCUCGAUGCCCCCACCGACGGAAGCUCGUACAUUUCCCUUGUGGACAUUUUCGGCUUCGAGAGUUUCAAGAGUAACGCUCUGGCGCAGUUCCUCAUCAACUGGGCAAACGAGCAGCUUCAGCGCCAGCUGUCAAAGGACGUAUUGGAGGCCCAGGCCGAGGCGUAUGCGGCUGAAGGUAUCGACUUUGGUGCGCCGGCCGUCCAGCCGUCGUGUCUCGAUCUGCUGUCCAACAAGCCUGGUCGCCCAGGCCAGACGGGUAUUGCAUACCUCCUCGAUGACCAGACACGCCGCCAGACCCUGGGUCUGGGUGGUACCGACGAGCUGUUUGCAAGCAGUAUCGGCACCGAGUGUUACUCCCUCCAUGGCCUCGUGACCCGCCGCGCCAACGCGCACCCGCACGAGUUUACCGUUGUCCACUACGGCCACAAUGUCACUUACGACACGCGUGGCUUUCUCACGGCCAACUCGGAGCGCGUGGACGACAACCUCCGCGACGUGCUGGCACGCUCCGGCAGUUCCUUUGUGCGCGACCUCGUCGUGCCCCAGAACUCGGCCAAGGCGCCUCCUGGCCGUAGUGCGUUCACGUCGGUCGUCUCGUCGUUCCGCAAAUCGCUCGACCAGCUUAACUCGUUGCUCACCACUACCAACGUGCACUACAUCCACUGUAUCAAGGCCAACAACGCCGCCGCUCCAUGGGCAUUCCACCGCGAUGUCGUCGAGUUGCAAGUCGAAGCGACGGGCAUCACCCAGAUUGCUCGCUUUGCGCGCGAGUGCGGCCCCUACCUCGUCAAGCGCGAUGCCAUGAACCCAUACCUCUUGGUCCUCGAGUCGCAUACGGACCUGGACGACGCUGUGCGCCAGCUCAGCGCCAUCGUGGGCGACGCAGACGGCAAAGCCGUCCAACUCGGCCAGUCCCACGUCUUCUUCCGUGCUGCGGCAUUGACAAAGAUCGAAGAGAUGCUGUCCUCCAAGAUUGCCGUUGUCGUUUCUGUCCAGUCGCAUGCUAGGCGGUUACUCGCGCGGGCGCGGUAUGCCGCCGCCAAGGCCGAGGCGGAGCGCAAGGCGCGCGAAGAGGCCGAGCGGAGAGCAAGGGAAGAAGCCGAGAGGAAGGCCAAGGAGGAGGCGCGGCGAGCCGCCGAGCUCAAGGCGAGGGAGGAAGCCAAGGCCAAGGAGAGGGCGGCGAAGGAGGCUGCCAUUGCCGCGAGGAAGGCUACGCGGGACCGACGCGUGUCCGAGGAACACUCGCAAAUGCGUAGUCCGACCUCCAAGGCCGCCGCUCUGGCUGCUCUCACGCCCACUCGCACAGUCACCCCACCACGGACGCGUACCCCGACCGGCCGCCGGGUCAGCUCGACUACCGAGUCCAAGCUCCUCAACUCGGUCGACUCGAAGCACUUGGCUACUCCGGAAAGGCUUAGAAUUUACCGCAACGGCGACGCGCGAGGCAAAUCGCCUGUUCCUUAUUACCCCAAGACUCCCGAGGGUGUGCGUACACCAGAGGCCGAUGAGCUCAGCAACUCGCCACUGUAUAGUCAGCGCUUCAUCAAGAGCGUUGUGCACGACCUCGUGGGCGCAGCAACGGAUCACGACACGGCGUAUACUGUCGGCACACUCCUCGCGCGCACAGUUGCGUGGUACCACGGCGCCGACCUGCGAUACGUCCCCGAGCUCCUCACGCCCGAGUUGCUGCUCACUGUGCGCAAUACGAUUGGGCGCGGACCCUCCCUUCCGCACUUGUGGCUCUUGGCCGUGCUCGUCAACGUGUUCCGACACGACGCCGGACACCGUCCCGCCCGACAGAUGGCCACUGUCGAGCGCGAGCUGCUGGACAUGAUCGUCAAGGAGGUGUACAAGGUGUCCAAGGAAGUGCUUGACAGCAUUAUUCCAGCGCGCAGGCGGUCAGGCGGCGGCAACAUGGUCGCCUCCGUGACCCCCACCAAGCCUCUCACGACCAUCUGGACCGAACUGGAGGGUUUCCCUCUCAUGAUUCGCGAGGCCACAGCCGAGGCGAUCAUCUCGCGUGUCCUUCAAGUCGUCAUCCAAGGUAUCCUCACUGGCGAGAUCUCGGACGACAUGGCCGCAGCUGUCGACCUCCCGCUCGAGCAGGUGUUCGAGUGGCGCGAGAGGGCCAACCUCCACCCCUCACCCCUGGAGACUGUCCUCAAGGCCAUGCUGGGCACAAUGUCGGGCCUCAAGACGCCACCGCCAUCUUUUGUCCAGCGGUUCGAGUCGCUGCGUAUCGAAAAGCACCCCCGUCACCCAACCAACACAGCAAACGCCGCCCUGUUGGCUCUCACAGAUCACCCACCCAUUGACAUCACGCUCUGCCUCGAGGAGGCGCUCCAUGACGACACUGCCAGCUGGAACACUGUCCAGGCAGUUGUUGAGCGCCUGGACUUGACGGACAGCAUGACCGAGUUUUUGCGGUGGUUUGGGCAGUUCAAAGUUGGUUCGGGAGCGUCGGGAGCCUUGGCAUCACCCAGCCCGCGGUACCAAAGCACUUGA